UUGUAUAACAUGAUGUUUUAGUGCUUAAUUUGUAAAAUAAUAACCUAAUUUGAUGUUUAAUAGGCUUUUCCUUAAUCCCUCAUUAUCCAACUUAUUCACUUAUGCCGGCCCGUCUUUUGGAUAAGUGAGACUCUACUGUAUAAUAAAAUCUGAGAGUAUAAAAAUAUAGAAAUAUAGCUCAAUAGGAUAGAGCAGACAUGGACAAACUUUGGCCCUCCAGGUGUUUUGGACUUCACCUCCCAGAAUCCCUAACAGAGAUCAAGUUUGUCUAAUUAUUUGAGGGCCCAAGUUUGCCCAUGCCUGGGAUAGAAUAAUCAUCAACAUCGCCUGACAAGGUAAAUCAAUUGUAAACUGUUCUUCCCCUCCAUAGGCUAGCAUACAGAAAUAAAUUUUUAAUUGUUUCUUGAAGGAAAGAAGUGAGGGGCUAUUCUAAUUUCUAUAGGGAGGGAGUUCACCACAGAGAAGGCCCCGUCUCUCGUCCCCACCAGCUGCACCUGGGAUUGGGGUGGGAUCAAGAGGACAGCCCCAUCCACUGAUUGCAGUGUCCGGACAGGUGAGAUGGCCGCUCCCUGCGAGCGAUUGCUCCUGGUUUUGCUUGCUUCUCAAGGCCUUCUAACCGCAGCAAGUGCUUACAACGAGGACGACGAUAUACCAGAAGAAUGGCUUCUUCUCCACGUGGUUCACGGCCAGAUCGGAGCUGGGAACUACAGCUACUUAAGACUGAACCAUGAAGGGAAGAUUGUGCUCCAUAUGCAGAGCUUGCAAGGCGACGCGGACUUGUACGUGUCCGACGUGACCCUUCACCCCAGUUUUGACGAUUAUGAGCUUCAAUCUGUCACAUGCGGCCGGGACAUGGUGUAUGUCCCUGAGCACUUUCGCCGCCCAGUGGGGAUAGGGAUCUAUGGCCACCCAUCUCACCGGGAGAGUGAAUUCGAGAUGAAGGUGUUCUACGAUCCAACGGUUGUGCACUCGCCAUUUAGUGGCGGCUCUUACAAUCCCGAAGAAAUGGAAACGAGCCAAAAGCAUCCACCGUCAACCGAAGAUGACUCUCAGGAUGAAGAAUCGGUCUUCUGGACUAUACUGAUUGGGAUACUCAAGCUAAUCCUUGAAAUCCUCUUUUAGCUUUAUAGACAUGCUUUUUUGGUGGGGUGAACAACACAUAAAAACUGAAUGAAGACUGUCAUCUGAACAUUAGUACUAACUGGUGUGUCUUGUGGUGGGGAAGGGAAAAUAAAGCCAUAACUGAUUUUGUAUUGUAAUCUUUGCCCAGAGAGCUACGCUGUAGCAUCUGCAGUAUUUUUUACAGUUUUCCCUUCACUGAUCAGGUUUGAGUAUUAGGAAUGUUCUAAUUCACUGUGACUUUGAAUAAAGUUUUAUUUUCUAUAUGAA